AUGCUCGGAUGGCGGCCUAGUGCUGGUCCGACUCUACGCUGUCUCAAGACGCAAUGCAUACGCUUCAGCUCGACAGAUUCCGCUCCCAGUUCCGUCCCUGACUUGAGCACCAGGAUUUUGGACAGGAUAGGCGGGGGCGGGAAAAAGAGGAUAGCAGAAGACCUUGACGGUAUCAAAAUUCCAAAUAGGGCGGAAAUAAAGAUAUACUCUGGAAACUCGCUGUCGGAGCGUCUUAUAAAGAUCCAUGCACAAAAACCUACUCCCCCUCCUACCGCUACUCCUCCAGCCGUCGACGCUACCUCCAAUGACGUUCCCCCUGCAUCUUCUACCUCUACUGUAUCUUCUCCUCCCAGCGAGACGACCGUAUCCUCUGCUCCAGGCGAGGCCCCGGCUGUCCCUGGUGAACAGUUCCAAGAGCACUACAAGAGCGUGGAUUUAGAUGAUUUGGCUGGUGCACCCGCCACAGCUGUCCACAUACCGACUCCUCAGGAGACUGCCCGUGUCCAUACGCACAAAAAAUAUGUCGAGAGCGUCAACUUUGAUGCCUUGUUUGAACAACCACAGACAUCGCAGUAUCAUCGUACCAAGGAGCCGCGCCAGCCGAAGAAAGAUGAAAGCCUUCAGGAGAAAGGCGGGAAACAGCUUCCUAGGGCCAAUACCCGCCCAGUGAGGGCACAAAGGGGAAAUGCGCAAACCAGGAAACUGCAGCCUCAGAGAAAUACAGGAAAUACCAGACCUCGACGACCUCGUACCAACCCCAGGAGAAGGCAAAAUAACGGUCUUGAGAUCGUAUUAUCAGGGGAUGCUGAGAUAGAUGCCCACGUCAAAGCAGUGCUCGAGUCUGAAGAAAAAGUCAUUCCUGACCGAGAACCAAACGUCUCAUUUUCGUAUCUCCCUCAUUUGCGCGAUCCUGCGAUCGACUUCGCUCUGCCACAGGCAGAGGUGCUUGUUGAUGAAAGGAAGGGACCUGGCAUGGAGGACGAAACGAAGAGUGUAGCCCGUCCUCAGGUUCAACUAGUAAACUUGUUUGGACCAUCCCAUCACCGUUUCAAGAGCAACUAUAAACGGAGAUUGCCAGAUGACAAGGUGUGGGGUAUGCCGGUCACGCAGCUUCCUAUAGUUACGCAUGCGCAGAUGGUCUCGGGGCGUCAGAGCACAAUUCGCUUGGAUGGUCAGAAAGAGCUGUUGGAUGUUGUCAAAUCACUACAGUAG